UGGUUCUUACAGGCUCUUAACAAGUGUAGGUGUAGCUGCACCAUGGAGCCAAAAUGGCGCCAGCUUCACCCCUAAACUGGGUAACUUAGCAGCGGAUAAAACUGGCCAAUCACAAUUCGAGGCACUCUGCUCUGCCUGAAUCCUGCCAAUGAUACGCAGCGAUGGCACAGAAGACGCGUUGUAUCUCCUGGAUGCAAUGGACGGCUUGAAGGUGGAGCACGUUCAGGUUGAAAAGUCUGUUCCAGAGCCAGGAUUUUCUGCUACAAAACUGUUUACAAAAUAUACCCCGAUUCACAAGGAGGCCCUUGUACUGGAAUCUGACUCGAUUGCGAAGGAUGUCUUCAAACUGGGGUUUGUCCCCGUUCUAAAAACUGCCCACCACAAGAUUAAAACCAAGGGCUCUAAAAGCUUGCAUGCGAAUUUUAAAGUGGAGCAAAAAUCUGAACAGGAACAACUUCCGAUCCCUCCUCCGAACUUGAUUCCUAGAGGAGAAACCUCAACGGAAGAUUUAGUCGUCAAGGAUCAAGAGGAGUUCUCAUCCGCAUUGGACCAAAAACCUCAAUCCUACCCAUGUCCUCGCUGCCAGAUCUAUUUCACUGGGGAGGAGUACCUGGAGAGGCAUAUCCAGGAGACCCACGGAGAGCAAAUCUCCACCGAGGACACCCUGUACUGCUGCAUCGAAUGUAGCAAGAGCUUCAGCUCGCUGGAUGGCCUUACAAACCACCAGCUAACACACAGCGCCGCAGCCUCCCUGCAGUGCCGCGAGUGUGGAAAGACCUUCGGAAACUCCUGCACUUUUAAAAGACACCUCCGGAUCCACACGGGCGAAACCCCUUACCAGUGCGCGGAAUGCGGGAAGAGCUUCCGGGAGUCUGGAAACCUCAAAAUCCACCAGCGCAUUCACACAGGAGAGCGGCCGUACCAGUGCAGCGAGUGCGGGAGGACGUUCACCAGAUCGGAGCACCUGAAAAGCCAUCAGAGGAGCCACACCGGAGAGAUGCCGUUUCACUGCGUCGAAUGCGGGAGGAGCUUUAUCGAGUCCCGCGCGCUUAGGGCCCACCAGCGGACGCACACGAGCGAGACGCCCUACCACUGCUCUCACUGCGGGAAAGGGUUCAAGCAAUCCAACGCUCUCAAAACCCACCAGAGGAUCCACACCGGAGAAACUCCGUACGAGUGCGCAGACUGUGGGAAGAAGUUCCGAACCUCCAAGCAGCUGACCAUCCACCAGCGCACUCACACAGGAGAGAAGCCCUAUCGCUGUGCUGUCUGUGGGAAGUGCUUCAAGGAACUGGGGGCCCUGAAAAAGCACAAGCGGAUUCACACAGGCGACAAGCCCUAUCACUGUAACGAAUGUGGCAAGAGGUUUACCUAUUCAUACCAGCGCAAAACUCACAGGUGCUGAUGCCAAAGGUGAAUACAGAAUCCCCCUCUGCUGGUUUGGGAGGCUCGUGGAUUGGAUAUUUUGUUGCCGGAAUAAGUUGAUUUUGAUUGUUAAAUAUCUUGCUGUCCCUGCUUCAAAAAUCUAUUUUAAACAAAAACAUUUUUAAUUUAAUUUUAAAACUCCUAUUUUUGAACAUGCGUUUUUAAAACUCAUAUUUUAAACAAAGGCCAAAUUCUAGCUAUUUACCAGAAAUGAUUUACUCCAAAUUGGCAUUCUAGAAUUUUCAGGGUCUGGGUGGAGAUUUAAUUGGUUCAAUUAAACAAUCUAGAACAGGGUUGGAACAAAGACCAGGACUGGAAGAGCCAACUUUGGAGUACAGUGCCAUUCCAAAUUACAUCCAUUUACUACCAAUGCAGAGAUGAGUGGCUAGGAUGCUAUUUUUAUUUUUUUAAGCACAGAUGUCCCACACCAAGUGCUGGAAGCCAGUAAGGGUGGUUGAAUACUUACUUGAGUCACUGUAGGUCUUUAGUAUUUACAUAAAGGUUUUUGUAGUUCAUGCAUGGUUUUGUAUAUACUUUUAAAAGUGCUUAAUAGAAUCACAGUUUAAUUGAAUUGGCUGCAUAUUGUAAUCAGAAGUUGAGUUUUCUGUCCUUUUGCUAUUCACCAAUACAGACCCAGUGCUUUUAUUGAAUUCCCUUACAGUAAACCUUUUAAUGUGA